CUUCGCCGCUACGUUAACGGGAGGCUCAUUGGGGAUCCCUUUGAAUUCACUGACUUCGCUCCGAGAAGUUUCCAGUUCGAAGAUUUCGCAAUCACAUCAAGUGAUACGACUGGAAUAUAUUACUACUUCGAAGAAACUGGGUUAUGCAAGAGUCAUGCAUCUUAUAAACUCACCAUUAACGAUGAAAUUAUUGACGCGGUUGCUGACGUCCAAACUUUCAAGGCUAUGACCAUCACCACGUGCAUGGACGUGGACUACGAACUCGUUCGAUACGUCGAAGGGGCACCGUAUGGAGACGAAGUCCAACUCUCAAGUUUCGUCCCCCAAAAUUUCGACUUCAUGAACUUCAUGACGUCGUCGGACAAUACUGGCUACACCUACUCAUUUGACGAGUCCUGCUUGUGCAAAGAUCGCGCCACUUACACCCUCACAAUCAACGACGAAACGAUUGAUGUAAACUACGGCGAAACAGGGCACAUCGCCAAGACGUUCACAGCGUGCAUUCCUGUCGUGACGUUCACACUGCGCCGUUACGUGGAGGGCGUUGAGUUCGGAGAAACGGAAAUCAUAACUGACUUUGCCCCUCAAAAUUUCAAUUUCCGCGAUUUCGAAGAAUCAUCGGGCAACACGGGCUAUAAUUACUACUUCGAUGACGAUGGCCUGUGCACUAGCUUGACCAAUUACGAACUUUCCAUCAACACCGACACCUUUGAUGUGACGCGCGCCCAAAACGGCUUCAGGUCGCACACCUUCACGCAGUGCGAAGAAAACGUCCAAUUUACGCUUCGCCGCUACGUUAACGGGAGGCUCAUUGGGGAUCCCUUUGAAUUCACUGACUUCGCUCCGAGAAGUUUUUCCUUCGGGGGCAGCCUACAACUCAGCCCUGACGGGACUACCGGAUUAACUUACCAGUUCACAGAAAAUGGCCUAUGCACGUCCCACGCCACGUACAGAAUCACUAUCGAUGGAACAACGGUUGAUGCUACAGCUGGUUCUCCUAUACCUUAUUCCAUCAGCAACAUGAAUUGCCGAUAUUUCGACGCAGAGGUCAUUCGUUAUGUUGAUGGAGUCGAAGAUGACAAUCAUGUGUCCAGCUCAAUUUUCCUUCCUCGAGAUGAGCAAUUCCUGAACGCGGCAGUCACUCUUACUGAAAACGCAGUGAAUGUCUUGUUCGAUGAGCAAGGUAUUUGUAGUGCAAGCUUCAUAUACGACCUAAAACUUGUACUGAACGAUAACACACAAUUUUUCACCGUAACUCCGGGGAACACAUUUACAAGAUCUGCAACAUUGUGCGAUACUGUGGAAGUACAUAUUGUUCGCAAGCUGGACUCGCAAGACUUUGGGGAUAAAUACGACUACACUGGAGGAAGAAUUCCAGGAGAGCACGACUUCGAUUUCUCGAGCUUCAGAGUGGAUCAGCGGGAAAUAUCACAAUGGACGUUCGCAUGGAACUCAUACUCCAAAUGCCCCGUUUACGAUCUACAUCUGGAAACUAAUGAAGGUGAUUCUGAAAGCUGCACAAACAGUGCGGAAAGCUGCACGAUGAACUGCUUGAAGCUGUACAAGGCACAAACAGUCAGCAUCCACUUCACUUCUGUGGACGAAGUGACCAUCAGUGGAGCCGCAUCAAUACCCAUAAAACGAAGCAGACAACUUCAGGGAGGUGACCCCAUCCGGAGGCAGAUCACGUUGGGAUGGGACCACACGAGGAAGCAGACCACGUUAGCUAGAGGAGCACGUCCCGUAGGCAGUACAG